AUGGCGGGAAUUGUCAACGGACCUCUUUCCCUCUUCCGCAAGUCAGACUCUCCAAAGCCUCUCCAUGCUCGAUGGGGCGAUGUUGCCAUCUCCGUGCCAACAGACGGCUCAUGGAACCAAUACGACAACCCCCAUCGACCCGUCAAGGGGAGAUCCUCAUACGGGCCAGGCUAUGUACCCGACUGCUCCCCACAGGACCGAACCCCACGCCCAGUGAAGGAAGACGACCCCGACGAGGACGCCAGAAGCGUCUGCAGCGAGGCAUCGACAGCCUCGCGACGCAGCUCAUUAUCCCUCGGAGGAUUGCGACCGGGUCGGCUCUCGGUGCGCCUAGCGUCGCGCCCCAAACAUCUGCGGGGCGAGUCGCAGGCAGAGAGAGAAGCCCGGCGCUCCGAGCAAAAGCGAACUGAAUUCGCAUACAGACCAAUUCAACAAGACUACACCUCCGAAGUAGUGGAAAAUUCAACCAACCCCCAUAAUCGCUUCAAGUACAUCCCCACUGAUGGGCGGUACCCCGAGGAUUUGGGCCCGGAGACCCCGCGUAGCCAGUCCGUCCACUCGCCCCGCACUUCUCACUCGCGGGACUCGUUGCCUGAAUCUAUUGAUCGCGGUCGCGAUCGCGAUUAUCGAACUUCAGCUGUUCGAGUUAGUACAUGCCAUGAAGACGAUCGUCAGAGUGUUUACUCGAGCAUGGGUGAUAGCUCGGAUAGCUCCAGUUCGCGACGGAAUUUUGGUUUGCCGCCUAGGCGGAGGACGUCGCCUUUUGUCGCGGCUGACCGUCGGAGGGCUUCUCUUUCAAGGCCGAUGACCAUGGCCAUGGUCCCUGAUCCUGAUGAACUCUAUGAGUGA